CGGCGCGCCGCUGGUGUCAUGCGGAAGAUGGCGGCGUCCAGGGGAGGCUGAGGGCGCUGGGGAGGUAGAGGCAGGUUUCCGUACAGCCUGAGCGUGCGGCUUUGGGGAUCCCUUCGCUCCGUUUCCUGCUCUCAGGUUUCGCGCCGGUCGUCCUCCCAGGCUCUCGGGCGCGAUGUGGAGGAGCUGCCUCCGGCUGCGGCACGCCGGGCGCCGCCUCCUGAACCCGCCCCGGGGUGCCCUCACCGCCUCCGUGCGGCCGGGGCCAAACCCCCUGAUCCCUGCCCGGGCCUACGCGCCCCCAACAGAAAGGAAGAGGUUUUAUCAGAAUGUCAGCAUCACACAGGGUGAAGGUGGCUUUGAGAUAAACCUGGACCACAGGAAGCUGAAAACUCCCCAAGCCAAGCUCUUUACUGUCCCCAGCGAGGCCUUGGCCAUCGCGGUGGCCACUGAAUGGGACUCCCAGCAGGACACCAUCAAGUUCUACACCAUGCACCUGACCACACUGUGCAACACGUCUUUAGACAACCCUACCCAGCGGAACAAGGACCAGCUGAUCCGGGCAGCUGUGAAGUUUCUGGACACUGACACCAUCUGCUACAGGGUGGAAGAGCCGGCGACGUUAGUCGAACUGCAAAAGAACGAGUGGGACCCAAUCAUGGAAUGGGCCGAGAAGAGAUACGACGUGGAGAUCGGCUCCUCCACCAGCAUAAUGGGGCCCAGCAUCCCAGCCAGGACUCGGGAGGUGCUCGUCAGCCACCUGGCAUCUUACAACAUGUGGGCCCUACAAGGGAUUGAGUUUGUAGUGACCCAGCUCAAGUCCCUGGUGCUGACCUUGGGCCUGAUGGACCUGCACCUGACCGUGGAGCAGGCCGUGCUGCUGUCCCGCCUGGAGGAGGAGUACCAGAUCCAGAAGUGGGGCAACAUCGAGUGGGCCCACGAGUACGAGCUGCAGGAGCUGCGGGCACGCACGGCCGCCGGCACCCUGUUCGUCCACCUCUGUUCCGAGAGCACCACGGUGAAGCACAAACUCCUGCAGCAGUGAGGCCUGGCCGGGUGCGUCCCCCGGCCCGCGGGGCCCCUGCUCGGCGUCGCUCUGCCAUGCCCCCCGGGACCCAGCGUGACUGUGGAGGUCAGCCCGCGCCCCGGCCGGGCGCCCCUGGCCCAGUUGGCAGCGAGCGAGCGGGACAAGCGAACGAGCGACUUCCUCUCAAGCUGGUUUUAUUAAAUACCUGUCUGCCCUGGGAACGCGUGGAGGCCUGUUCUCAUUUGCGCCUCUGCUUUCCUCCAUUCCUCUUGCUACGUCUGGGCUUCACCAAGGUCAGACGGCUUCCCUCCCACGACACGUCCUGCUCUCUGCUGCCCGUGGCCGGGAGCCUCACGCAGCUCUGUGCGGCCCUCAGCUGGGAGACGUUUUUCCCCUGGUUUUUUAAUCAGUCUUUCGAAAGUGAGUCCUUUUUGUCCUACACUGGUUAUUUCUAUUUGUUCCUAGUAUUUUAGAAGAAAGCAUUUACUCUUGAAAAUAGAAAGCAUGCAUUGUUUGUGGGUUAAAAGCCCAGGUGGGCAGGGCAAGGCCGGCUGACUUGUAAGUGUCCUGCUCAGGGAGCCCCGACUGUCCUUCCUACUUGGCCACUCGCCGCACCCUGGGUGCCCUGUGCGGUCUCCUGGGGCCACAGGCCAGGUGCUCUCCCUGAGGCCCUGACUGUACUCAGACGAGGUACCGUCACCUCCCCACUUCUCAUUCCUGAGAUGGAGCUCAGGCUGCAGAGGUGACAUGGGAGGCCCAGCCUGUGCUCUUCACCUCUGGAGGGUCGUGUGGCCCCUGCGACCAACCUUAGAGACGCAGGGAGCCAUGGCCUCCACCCUGAUGGGCCGGCCCAGGUCCCACGGCUAUGCCGGGGCUCCGGCCUCUCCCGUGUCCCUCCUCAACACACGGAGAAGAGAAGGACUCAGUCCACGUCAGCCUCGUCCGCCUGCCGCUGGAGGCCUGCCCUGGGCGCAUCAGCAGAGAUGGUGGGCACGCAGCUGACGUUAGGCCGUGGCCAAGGGUGUAGCAGCCACCUUGGAAGCUGCUCUGCGGCUGGCCAGCUGCAAGGCCAACUGAUCAUCUUGGACUUUUCCUCCUGCACGUGUGUGAAUAGGAGUUCUGAUGUUGUUUUUUUUUUAAAGAAUGGAGAAAAGAAGGGGGUGCCUGGG